AUGGGGAAACUGCUCAGGAUGGGGACACAGGAGAGGCGGUUAUCCCGACGACCAAAAAGGCUUCACUGGAGUCGCCUCUUCUUCCUCCUGGGAAUGUUGAUCAUCGGUUCCACCUAUCAGCACCUUAGGAGACCCUGGAACUCCCCCUCAAUGUGGACAAAAGUUUCUUCCCAACAGCCUAUUAAAUUGGCCAGCAGGGACCUCCCCAGUGAUGAGAUGAUAGCGGUGGGCAGUGACCCUCCAGAGGCUAGUUCUGAAGUGGAUGGUGAGCUGCUGGCACCCCAAAACACAGUGAUCAGGGAUGAAGCAACACCUAGCAUGACAAUGGAGGACACCCCCAGCCCACCCAGAACAACCAAGAUCACCCCAACGUCACCCAAGAAUAACUACAGCCCUAUAAGAGCUGGCAGAGAAAGAGAAACGGAAAACACCCCCCCUACACCUAGCAGGGCAUCAUACCACUUCAUCUCAACGUCAGGCAGAGAAAGAAUACGAAGCUAUACCCCAAUACCCAGGGGAGAAAGGAGGAACUCCAUCCCAACUCACUCCAGGGAAAAGGGAAGGAAGUAUACCUCAUUCCCAGCAGGUGCACCUUCUGAUACCACCCCCACAGCAACAGAGAAAGACAGCAAAACCAUGGCAACCUACAGGUUGUUGGAGACCAGACCUCCCGAGAGAAGAGCGGAAGAAACCGCCGCAGCUUCUUUCAAGAGAGUGGUUCCGAACACCCCAACUUUCUUAACCCCUGAAGUAGAAGCAAGCCUCUUAGCUUCUCCAAGUUUGGUGGAAGAGAACACCCUGGGCAGUCCUAGAAAAGAGGAACAAAACAGCUCUGCCGGUCCCCAGGGAGCAGUCCCCCAGCACACCCCAGCCACGUCUGAGGAGCAAGUGAACACCAGGAUGGGUCAUACCCCAGCAGCCAUCCAGGCUUCCACUGUUGCCUGGAGAAUCAGCAACCCCUUGUCCAGAACCAGUGUACCGACCAUCAGAAUUGCCUCAGCCACCAACAGGGAGCUGGCAAAGAGACCUCCCACGGCACACAGUGCCCCAGUAACUCCCAAAGGCAAGGCACUCCUGACCACACAGGUCCACCGCUGUGUGGUUGUGGAGCCAGCCCCAGCUGUGCCCAUGACCUCAUCUCCGAGCAUGACAAAUAUCCUGUUCCCAGAGGCACCCAGUUCCAGUCCCUCAGUUUUACCACCUGGCUGGCCAAACCUCUACCACAAGGCAGAGUAUCCCCCGGACCUGUUCAGUGUGGAGGAUCGGCGGCAGGGCUGGGUGGCCCUGCACAUCUUCGGCAUGAUGUAUGUGUUUGUGGCCUUGGCCAUUGUGUGCGACGAGUACUUCGUCCCAGCCCUGGGAGUUAUCACAGACAAGCUGCAGAUCUCUGAGGAUGUGGCGGGAGCCACAUUCAUGGCCGCAGGAGGCUCAGCCCCUGAGUUGUUCACUUCUCUCAUUGGUGUCUUUAUCUCUCACAGCAAUGUGGGUAUUGGGACCAUUGUGGGCUCUGCUGUGUUCAACAUCCUUUUUGUGAUUGGCACCUGUGCCCUCUUCUCCCGGGAGAUCCUCAAUCUCACCUGGUGGCCCUUGUUCCGUGAUGUCUCCUUCUACAUCCUUGACUUGUCCAUGCUCAUUCUCUUCUUCCUGGAUAGUCUGAUUGCCUGGUGGGAGAGCCUGCUGCUGCUGCUGGCCUACGCCCUCUAUGUGUUCACCAUGAAGUGGAACAAGCAGAUUGAGCUUUGGGUGAAAGAACAGCUCAGCAGGAGGCCAGUAGCCAAGGUCAUGGCCCUGGGGGACCUCAGCAAGCCCAGCGAUGGUGCCGUUGAGGAAAACAAGCCACAGGAUAAUGAGAGGCUGAAGCUCCCGUCCGUGCUGACCCGAGGGAGCAGCUCGGCCUCACUCCACAACAGCAUCAUCCGCAGCACCAUCUACCACCUCAUGCUCCACAGCCUGGACCCCCUGGGGGAAGCCCGCCCCUCCAAGGACAAGCAGGAGAGUUUGAAUCAGGAGGCCAGAGCCCACCCCCAGACCAAAGCAGAGGGCAGUCCAGACGAGGAGGAGCCAGCCGAGCUCCCUGCGGUCACGGUCACUCCAGCCCCUGCUCCAGACGCCAAGGGAGAUCAGGAGGAGGAGGAUCCAGGCUGCCAGGAAGAUGUGGGUGAGGCUGGACACACAGGAGACAUGACACGUGAAGAGGGGGAAACUGAGGCAGAAGGCAAAGAAGAUGAAGAAGGGGAAACUGAGGCAGAAGGAAAAGAAGAUGAAGGGGAAACUGAGGCAGAAGGAAAAGUUGUUGACCUUGAAGGGGAAACUGAGGCAGAAGGAAACGAAGAUGAGCAAGAAGGGGAAACUGAGGCAGAAGGAAAAGAUGAGCAAGAAGGGGAAACCGAGGCAGAAGGAAACGAAGAUGAGCAAGAAGGGGAAACUGAGGCAGAAGGAAAAGAUGAGCAAGAAGGGGAAACCGAGGCAGAAGGAAAAAUUGUUGAACUUGAAGGAGAAACUGAGGCAGAAGGAAAAGUUGUUGAACUUGAAGGAGAAACUGAGGCAGAAGGAAAAGAAGAUGAGCAAGAAGGGGAAACUGAGGCAGAAGGAAAAGAAGAUGAGCACGAAGGGGAAACUGAGGCAGAAGGAAAAGAAGAAGAGCAAGAAGGGGAAACUGAGGCAGAAGGAAAAGAAGAUGAACACGAAGGGGAAGGUGGAAUCCGAGCUGACGACGCUGAGGUAAAAGCCGGUGAAGGUGAGACAGAAGCGGAUGUUGAAAAUCAGUGUGAGACCACCCAGGGUGAGAAAGGUGCGGAUGGUGAAGGGGGGAGCGAUGGAGGGGACAGUGGAGAAGAGGAAGAUGACGAAGAGGAGGAAGAAGAGGAAGAGGAGGAGGAAAGCGAGGAGCCUCUGUCCUUGGAAUGGCCUGAGAGCAGGCAGAAGCAAGCCAUUUACCUCUUCCUCCUGCCCAUUGUCUUCCCACUGUGGCUGACAGUGCCCGAUGUACGGAGGCAGGAGUCCAGGAAGUUUUUCGUCAUCACCUUCCUGGGAUCCAUCAUCUGGAUAGCCAUGUUCUCAUACCUCAUGGUUUGGUGGGCUCACCAGGUUGGUGAAACCAUUGGGAUUUCGGAAGAGAUUAUGGGUUUGACCAUCCUAGCGGCAGGCACUUCAAUUCCUGACCUCAUCACCAGUGUGAUCGUUGCCCGGAAAGGCCUGGGAGACAUGGCUGUGUCAAGCUCAGUGGGCAGUAACAUAUUUGAUAUCACGGUGGGCUUGCCUGUUCCCUGGCUCCUCUUCUCUCUCAUCAACACACUGCAGCCUGUUCCAGUCAGCAGCAAUGGCCUGUUCUGUGCAAUUGUCUUGCUGUUUCUCAUGCUCCUGUUUGUGAUCUUCUCAAUUGCAUCGUGUAAAUGGAGAAUGAACAAGAUCCUGGGCUUCACAAUGUUCCUUCUUUACUUUGUAUUCUUGGUAAUCAGUGUGAUGUUAGAAGAUCGAAUCAUAUCCUGUCCUGUAUCUGUCUGACUCAGUCACUGAUGCUCAAGAUGGACAUAGACCAGAAGACCAUGCCAGAAGCUACUGUCCCUCUUGCCACACCAAAGGAUGGACAUGACCAGGAACGUGAACUGGACAGCCUAGACUCUCUGAAGUGACUGUCAUCGUGACUGAGGCUUCUCUUUGUAAACACCUGCAGCUCCUGGUGGACCAGUAUUACAUUGAAAGGGAGAGUUCCUAUCACUGGGGCCUGCAGCUCUCACAAAAUCAGCAGGGUGGGCUUUCCAAAUGAGACCUGGGUUAAGACUGGGAUGGCAGAAAUACAACAAGCACCCUUGCUCAUAGUUCCCUGGUCACUCUGGAAGAGCCUCUGGCCGAGGGAUGUAGGUGUCGGAGGCUUGCUCUCCUGGUCACAGCCCCAAACACACACUGCCAUGUGCUGUUCCUCUUGGUGCAAAUGUGAAGUCACAUCAGGUCUGCAGUCAUUAUGAGUUUAGCUAAUGUGUUUAAGGGCUAAGACUACGGAGGGGCAGGAAUAAAUUUAUCACCCUAUUGUCCUGUAAGAUGCACACCAAUGUUUUCUAUGUUAAAAGGAAGACAUCAGCGUUUAUUGCUGUAUUUCUGAAAAAUGAAAUUAAAACAGUAAAUAGCCUAAGAAAUGAAGUGUAUAACUUGCCUUGAUCUGGAGGCAGAGAUUUGAGGAGGAAACCUACUCUUAGGGCUAUUUAAAAUAGGUCUUACUGGAAAGUCCACGUUUGCUUUGUCUCCAUCAGUGGUCUCUUCAAAGGAUUAGACAUUCUGACACAGCUUCCCUGCAUUUUCUUGCCCUGGAGUGACAACCGUCACUAAAGGGAUGUAUUUGCAGAGAGCACAAUCUGGCUUAUAAGAGAUCUAGGGCUCAGUGCUGUGCUUGAAUGCCAACCUAGACAGGACUGCAGAGCAAGACUAGUCCUGUGUAGAGUUUAUCAGUGGAUCUUGAGACAAUUUACAAAGGAAAAAAAUUCAAAACUGCUUAGCACAAUGAUGUAUAUAGUGAGAAGGAAAAGGGUACCUCUUGCAAUGCAGACCAGGCCGGCCUUGAACUCGCAGGUUCCACUUGCCCCUGCCUCCUGAGUGCUGGGAUUAAAAGCAUGGCCACUACACCUGGCUGAGUAUCUAUUUUUAAGGUCACAAAGGACACUAAAAAAAGUUAAGGUUAAAUAUUUUCUAUGAAAUUUCUUAUUAAAUACCAUUGGUUGCUGCUUUUAUUAGCACCAAGCUGAGGAGAAUGUUAGAAAUAAAAUCUUAUUAUUGGGUUCAGAUUACAAGGAGCUUAAGCGUCUCCAGAUUAUGAUGGCAGAUUCAGCUUAAGUCAUAAGCAUCGGAAUGACGUGGUAACAUGUAAGAAGAUGGCAGGACAGCUAUGAAGUAAAACAGUCAUUCUGGUGUUGGAGGGUGGAGGUAUUCAAGUAUUCAUCUUUUAAGAUGGGCUGUACUUUUCCAAGAUUCCCAUUUUUUGGAAAUAACUUUUAUUAAAUUUCAAUGAAAACUGUG